UUUUCCAGGUAACUAUUGUUUACUAACAAGCCACCAGAAUAAGACACCUUUUCCUUAGGAAGAUUCUCCCCAACCGUCUGGGAGCCAUGAUAUAGAGACUCUUUAAAAAUCAGAAAUUUUCCGUUGGACUGAGCAUCAGACAGCAGAACACGAGUUGUGUGAACAAAGCACCUAUGAUCAAGUUCAUGCAAAAUGAGUAACCACUCAUUUCUCAGGCUUUAUGUAGUUUUCCCCCACUUGAGACCAAACAUCCUUCAAGCGAAGUAUUGGCUGAGAUAGAAGUAUCGAAGAGAUUCCGAACCAUGAAGACAUGUUUCCAGAAUUCAUCCAUCAUACUCCAACUGCCGCAGCCCAGAUGUCUCUGGCGGACGCCCGGCAAAAACACGACGGCGAAAGCCAAACAAAAGUGCCUGGCGAAAAUCACGGGUUGCAUCCCCGGCACAGUGCUCAACAGGGCCAACUAAUAAUUGGAUCCUGGUGCAGUGGCCGGCUGCUUCAGAUUGGCGUGACUGGGCACCCUCCGGCAAAGCAGGCCUUCCUUUUAUAUGCACUUGUUAGCUGUACGAGUGGGUGGCUACGGGUAGGAACAUGGUCGGAUGGGGACAUGGUCGGAUGGGGACAUGGUCGGAUAUUGUCGCAUUCUAUUGACUGCGUAUCACUCGUCGGCUCAAAACAAUUCCACCACUCCACUUCACGAAAAGACUUGUAUUUCUCAGAAAGUCGUAGUUAUCGUGUUGCGUUGUUUCUGCCACUUAUGGCACGUGCUGCCUGUGUUGUAGACAGCUGGUGCGUUCCCCGUGCGCUUGGGUGCUGGCUCUUCCCGAACCGUCGAAGGCCAAGCCCUGGCAUACAUCUGCUCGCUUGUUCCUCGUGCCUCUCGGACCUGACAUUUGAACAGAAACCCUGCGCCAAGCUGGGCAAUUAAAGGUUCAUCGCGACCACCCGGUUAGCACCUCCAGAUACGAAUUUCCACUGCCGGUGCCUUCACAUAAACUCUCAUUCCAUCUUCCCGGUCCUGGCCUGCUCAUGAAUGGCGGCGUGUGCCCCCAUAAAGAUCUAGGGCCUCCACCACACAACCCUAGGCCCUUCACAGCUGCAGCCAACGGAUUUU